AUUAUUUAUUACUAUUAUUUUUUGAAUAAGAAGAACAAUUCGUUUAAAAUAUACCACUUCUGUUUAAUCGAAAUAGAGAUGGAGAGCACUCGGAUUGCGGCAAGGAGAGCGGCAGCAAGGAAAGACAACGACUACAGACAGCGGCAAGGAUACAGGAAUGGUUAUGCAGGUGGCUACAGAAAGCGCCAAAGAGACAGGAAUGGUUCGACAGAGGGUUACAGACAGUGGCAAGGAGGCAGGAAUGGUUUUGCAGGUUAUACCGCACAGUUCUUCGGAGGGUCAACAUCAUUCUUCUUUUAUAACUUCCCAGAGGAAAUGGAGGCAAAGUUUCUAUGGAACAGUUUUCAGAUGCACGGCAAGGUAGUGGAUGUGUAUCUUCCGAGCAAAAGAGAUAGGAGAGGGAAAAGGUAUGGUUUCGUAAGGUUAACAGGGGUCAAGGAUGUGAUUCAAAUGGAGAGGAGGCUGAAUGAGAUCUGGAUUGGCUCCUACAAGAUGAGAGUGAAGAUUGCAAAUGACAGACAGAGGAAAGAAUCAAAGCCCAGAAAGGUUCAAGGCGUGUUUAAAGCUAAUGGAUCAACAUGCAGCAUGUAUAGAUUGGUUCAACCAGGGCAUUCAUACGCACAAGCAGUGAAGGGCCAAGGAAAAAUGGCGGAUAACGUAUUAGAACAGCUACAGGAAAAGGUAUACGAAGCAGUCCCAGAAAAGGAAGGGGUCAAAACAGGGAUGCAGGAGAAUUCGGAGGUAGAAAAAACAAAGGAGACAAUUGAAUACACCCCAACGGGAGAAGAGCUGCAAUGGCUUGAGGGUGGCAUGGUGGCAGUGGUGAGGUCUAUGGCAAUGGUGUCUGAGAUUCAAGAGCACAUGGACGCUGAUGGAGGUUCAAUCUCAUUAUCACCAAUUGGGGGAAGACGGGUGCUACUAACUGAAAAAGUUGCAGGGUUUUUAUCCGAUUAUAUGAAGCAUAACCAGGAGUUGUUUGGACUGUGGUUCGAGGCUAUAAAACCAUGGGAGAUGGACCCAGAGGAGAAAAGCCGAAUGAUGUGGUUGCGCAUAUCCGGUGUGCCUUUAAAGGCAUGGAGUGAGAGGUGUUUUCAGAGGAUUGGAGAGACAAUCGGAGAAGUGUUGAUGAUUCAUGAGGAUACAAAGAAGAAAUCAAUCUUAUGGGAUGGGAGAGUAUUGAUAUUAGGCUCGGAGUCGGGUAAAGUCUCAAAACAAGUUAAGCUCAAGGUGGGAGAGCAGGAAUACAACAUAGAGAUAGUUGAAGAAGAGUGGCGCUCUGAUCCGGAUUGGUGGUUAUUGGAGAACGACCGGAGAAGUGACCUGGAAACGGAGUCCGGUUACUCAAACUCGUGGUGUCAGAAUGAGGAUCCUGAACUGGAUUUGGAAGUGAUGGGUGACGGCGAGGAUACAAGUAACGGGUUAGAGCAUUUAAUGAAGGAGUUGGUUUCAAUUUCAAAUCCGAAGAGGGCAACGGAAAUGGAGAGCUGUAAUCAAGGGGUGCAAGAGACAGUAUGUGAAGGGGAUGCAAGCUUUGGGCUGUCCAAGGAAAUUGGGCUACAAAAAUUGAGUGUUGAUGGGCCAGAAGAAAGCAGUGGGCCGAAUAUUGGGAUGGGCAGAGGACAGAUCACGCAUAUGAGCAUAGAGGAGCCCAGUUUAAAUGCUCAAAACCAAAUGGAUUCACCGACUCUGCAGAAACCGGAAAACUCAAAAAUCGUGAGCAAAAAACAGAGGCUGCUUAGAGAAUGCUAUCCGAAAAGCAUGGAGGAGAUCUGGGCAACAGCAGCCCCGAGAGCAACGCCCAGAACAAGGCAACGACAUGCACGGAUGGAAGGAAAUUGUCAAGCUGGGGAAGAAAAGGUAGGCAUCGCUGUCUCUGUUUCAAUCUCAGAUGGUUGUAUAGAAAAUAGAAAUAGGGUGCUGCAGAAGGAGUUGAAUAUGCAUGAGGUGCGCCGGAUGAUGGGGGUGGGGAAGAGGUUGGGUUUUAAAAUGGAGAAUUUUGAGGAGGAGAUUCAAUCAAAAUUAAUGGAGGUAGUAGAUUGGGAAGGGGCAGGGAAGAAGGACGCGUCGGGGAUGGGCUUGGGUGGGACGCUGAAAAAGAAGGAAGUGAGGAGGAUGGUGUCUGACGAGAAGCCUGAUUUUAUGUUCUUGCAGGAAACAAAGUUAGAAAAGGUGGAUGUUGGUGUUUGUAGACAGUUGUGGAAUUCAGAUGAGUUUGAUUGGGUUGCGAAGGGCUCUUCUGGAGCGUCGGGGGGUCUACUAUGUAUAUGGGACAGGCGGUAUUUUGUUAAGAGGGAAGAAUUCAGUGGAGAUGGGUUCGUGGGAAUAUCAGGGGAAUGGAGUGUAAAUAAACAGUUGUAUUUUUUAAUAAACGUGUAUGGUCCAAAGGAGAGACAGAAGAAAGCUAAUUUGUGGGAGGAGUUGAGGAGAAUGGUGACAAACAAGGAGGGAUGUUGGUUAAUAGCAGGGGAUUUUAAUGCAGUGAGAGGUCCUGAGGAAAGAAGAGGAAGAACAGGGGAGACCCCGGACAUGAAGGAUUUUGAUGAGUUUAUUGUGACAACGGAUUUGGUGGAUGUUAAACUGUCGAAUAGAAGGUAUACAUGGUAUAAGCCAGAUGGUACAGCAAGGAGUAGAUUGGACAGAUUUCUAUUGAACACUGAGAUGAGCAAUAUGGAAGGGGAGUGGAUACAGCAAGGAUUGUCAAGGAAUAUCUCUGAUCAUUGCGCUAUUGUGUUGAAGUCCAGAACAACAGAUUGGGGACCAAGACCUUUCCGGGUUUUGGACGCAUGGCAACAACAUCCAGAUUUUAAGAAGCUUGUAGAAGAUAAAUGGAGUGAGAUGGAGGUCGAGGGCUUUGCUGGGUAUAAGUGCCAGCAAAAGCUGAAAUUACUCAAAGGAGUUUUAAAAGGUUGGAACAAGGAAGUCUUUGGGAACAUGGAUGCUCAAUAUGAGCAAGCAGUAAAAAAGAUUGAGCAGGUUGACAUGCAGAAUGAGAUAGCUGAUCUGGAAGAUGCUGAGAUUGUGAAGAGACAAGAAGGAUUCUCUGAGAUGUGGGAUGUUUUGAGAAAAAAGGAACUUAUCUGGAAGCAGAAAUCAAGAAGUAAAUGGGUGCGUGAGGGAGAUGCAAAUACCCGUUUCUUUCAUAGAGUCGCAAAAGGAAGAAGGGCACAGAAUAAUAUUGCGGGUUUAAUGUGUGAAGGGGCAUGGAUUGAAGAUCCAGAUUUAGUCAAAAAUGAGGUCUGCAGAUAUUUUAGAAGCCUGUUUCAAGGAGAGUCAUGGAAUAGACCCAAGCUUGGGAAUAUUAAAUUCCAGCAGAUCUCUGAGGAGAAGAAGGAUUGGCUAGAAAGACCUUUUUCAGCUGAAGAAAUCGAGGAAGCGUUAAGGAGUUGUGAUGGGGGCCGACAGUUGGUGGAUAGUGUCUUGGUGCUUAAUGAAGUUGUGGAUGAAGUUAAAAGGAAGAAACAGCCAGCUUUUGUUUUCAAAGCAGAUUUCGAAAAGGCAUACGAUUGCGUAGAUUGGUCCUUUUUGGACUGGAUGAUGGAGAGGCUUGGCUUUGGAACAAAGUGGAGAGGCUGGAUUAGGGAAUGUCUUUCAACGGCGAGAAUCUCGGUCCUGGUAAACGGAAGCCCGACAAAGGAAUUUGAGAUGGGUAAAGGUUUGAGACAAGGUGACCCUUUAUCUCCUUUUCUCUUUUUGAUGAUUGCAGAGGGGUUACAAGGGCUGGUCAAGAGAGCAGUAAAGGAGGAAAUGUUGCACGGGAUUGAGAGAGGAAAGAAAGGUUUGUCAGUGUUGUUGCUCCAGUUCGCGGAUGAUACAAUUAUAAUGGGCAGAGCGGAUGCGGAGAAUAUACGUAUAGUGAAGGACAUCCUAAUAUGGUUUGAGCUUAUGUCGGGAUUGAGGAUUAACUUUAGUAAGAGCAGCGUUUUCGGUUACAAUGUGUCUGAAAAAUGGCUUAAAGGUGCAACGAGUAUGUUACAUUGUAGGGUUGGUAGAGCACCUUUUCUUUAUCUGGGAUUACCUGUUGAUGGCAGAUUUGGGAGCAAGAAAUUAUGGGAGCAAGUCGUAAAUAAAUUCCGUGCCAAACUCGCUGUCUGGAAGGCCGCUACUCUUUCCUUUGGAGGCCGCCUCAUCUUGCUAAAAUCGGUACUCUCUGCACUACCCAUUUUUUAUAUGUCCUUAUAUUUAUUACCAAAUUCUGUGCUUGAUGAGUUGAUUAGAAUUCAAAGGAACUUUUUAUGGGGCGGGACAGGGUCAAUUAAAAAAAUUUCUUGGGUUAGAUGGGAAGAUGUAUGUCGUGAUAAAGCCAAAGGGGGUCUUGGGGUGGCAGAUUUACAGAGGAAAAACUGGGCAAUGAUAGGAAAGUGGUGGUAUAGGUUAGGUGACGGGGUCGAGAGUCUAUGGAAAAGGGUGGUGAGGGAGAAGUAUUAUGGAGGUAGGGAGGAGGUUGAUAUUACUUCAAUUGAGUGUUUAAGGGUGUCAAAGCUUUGGAGGGACAUCAUAAGGAUAGGGGGUCUGUCUCUCAAACUUAGGAACAUGUUAGUUGAGGGCUUCAAGUGGGAGGUGGGGGAAGGAAAUAGAGUGGAGUUCUGGUCUAAUAGGUGGGUUGGAGAUAAGAGCCUUAGGGAUCUUUUUCCAAGAUUAUUUGCACUAGCUGUAAAGAAGGAGGGCAAGGUUGCUGAAAUGGGGACUUGGGAGGAGGGUAGAUGGUGCUGGCGGGUGGAGUGGAGGAGGGGUACAAUAGGGCGAGAGAAAGAUGAGGAAGAAUUGUUGGAGAAGGUGCUGGAGGGUGUCAAUCUAAAGGAGGGGGCUGGGGAUGUUUGGAAGUGGGUACAUGGGAUGGAUGGUAAAUACGUGGUGAAGCUAGCGUAUGAUUUUUUAGCUUCGUCCGAGAGGGUUUUGGAGGACCAGAUGUGCAAACUAAUAGGGUGCAAGUUGGUGCCAUCCAAAGUGGCUUUUUUUGGGUGGCGACUGUGUUUAGAUAGACUCCCAACAAAGAAUAACUUGCAAAAACGAGGGAUAUUAUUGCAGGAGGGGGUUUUAUGCGAAUGUGGUAAUGGGAAGCUGGAGGAAGUUAAUCAUUUAUUUUGUGUAUGUGAUAAUGCGUGGUUAGCUUGGACUCAAGUGUUGAGUUGGUGGGGUUUAGAGUAUGUUCUGCCUAACACAGUUGUGGGAGUGGCAGAAUUUUUCAUUGGAGGUUUGGGCAGAAUAGUUGGGAAGGAGAUGGGCUCAUGUGUUUUUCUAGUGGUCGCUUGGUAUUUAUGGUAUAGAAGGAAUGUUCAAGUGUUUCGAAAAGAUGAAGGAAUACCAGAAAACCUGCUGGAAAGGAUGCAAGUUAAAACCUUUUUAUGGAUUAAAUCCAAAGUCAAUGACUGUGUUCUUUCCUUUUAUGAAUGGCAAUCCUAUCCAAUGGAGUGUGCUAUGUCUAUCAAAAAUCAUAAAAGGAUGAGGAAGCAGUUCUAUAAAGCGGUAGCUACCUCCAGUUGAUGGAUAGGCGGAGCAGAUUUCUCUUUAAUGUUUUGUCUUGGGCACCUGACGCUUUUGAUGUAUGUGGUGGUUGAUUAGCUGUAUUUCUGGUUAUUAGGAGAGUGGCUCUCCUCUGUUCUGGUUUCCUAUUUUUGUAUAAAGGCAGGAGCACCCCUUGUGCUUCAUUAAAUUAAUUUUUCUUUG